CGUUUCUCACGGGUGCUCUGCAGCUUGGUCCUUGCAUGAGGGACUGCAGGUGAUGGGUGGCCACCUGAGGCCACCAGAAGGGGACCGGAGGCCACCAGCCCUGCUCUUGAGCCAUUUUGGGUUAUUUUGGUCCGUGGGCUGCUCCCACCACGACUGAGUGCGCCGAUGUCCGGCCUGGCCGGGAGCUGAUGGUGCUGGGAGGGUGCGAGCCCCCCCACUCCAUGUGACUCCCGGACGCCACCGGGUGACCCGCCAAGCCCCCCGAGGAUGAAGACGCUGGUCCGGCUCUUCCUAACGCUGGUGUGCAUGGCAGUGGUCGCCGUGCUCUACAUCCUGCUCAGCCCCCAAGCCGGCCUGCGGUCCUGCUGCCAGCCCCCGGGGGCGCAGGGCAGCCCCUCGGCACCCACCCUCCUCAGCUUCCAGGGCUACAGCCGCGUCCCCGACGGAAAGCCGCUGGAGCGAGCGCUAUGCCGCCACUGCGCCGUCGUCUCCAGCUCAGGGCAGAUGCUGGGCUCCCGCCUGGGACAGACCAUCGAUGGGCAGGAGUGUGUCCUACGCAUGAACCAUGCCCCCACCACCAGCUACGAGGAGGACGUGGGGACACGGAGCACCAUCCGGGUGGUGUCACACACCAGCGUCCCGCUGCUGCUGAAGAACCAGCCCUACUUCUUCCAGCAGUCCCAGGAGACCCUCUACGUCAUCUGGGGGCCGUCGAAGAAGAUGAACCGGGAGAAGUCGGGCACGACCUACCGGGCGCUGCUGAAGGUGAUGGAAAUGUACCCCCACCUGCAGAUCUACACCCUGACCGAGGAGAAGAUGGCGUAUUGCGAUGACGUCUUCCAGAACGAGACGGGGAAGAACAGGAUGAAGUCUGGCUCCUUCCUGAGCACGGGCUGGUUCACCAUGAUCCUGGCCAUGGAGCUGUGCGAGCAGAUCUACGUCUUCGGCAUGGUCAGCGACAACUACUGCAGGGAGAAGAACCACUCGAGCGUGCCCUACCACUACUUCGAGAAGGGCCGGCUGGACGAAUGUAGGAUGUACCUGGUGCACGAGCGAGCCCAUCGCGCCGGCCACCGCUUCAUCACCGAGAAAGCCAUCUUCUCCCGCUGGGCCAAGAGGAGGAACAUCAUCUUCACCCACCCAUCCUGGGCAGGCGGGUAGGCCGCCAGCCGUGGGGCGAGGUGAGGAGGACCAUGGCAGUGGGGCUCUCAUCCUGCAACAGCGCACCCCCACUCUGCCGGUGCCACGGUUGAAAGCCUUUUACCGAACCCCGGAGCAGGGAGUCUCCGUUUACGCAGUGGCAGGGACGGUUCCCCCAGACCUGGGGCUGGGACCCCCCAUGCCAGUGCACGGGGGGCGUGAGCUGGACCCACAGAGCCCCAUCGUCUCCGAGCUGCUGCCCGGAUGGACCCAGGGCGACCAGGAAGUUUUUCUGCCUGCUCUACUGAG